UAGACAGCCACAGUUCUUAGUCUACGUCUAAACUCUGCUGGUCUGAUAAUAAUAGAGUUUAUCUUUCCACGUGAUUUAAAUAAGAAGAAUAAGAAGAAACAGGAACAGAGAGAAAAGCAUAAAUCAAGCUACUGCAAUAGGACGAAUCACUUAUAAAAACAUAUGCAGCACCAGUGUUGUGCACAAAAUGUACUGAUAAUGUCCUUAUUUGACAUUAUGGUUAAAUCUAUACAUUAGCUUGCGUGUGACUGUGAACUCAUUCAGUUUAUAUUGUUUUCAGUCUGAAAUAGCUGCAAGUUAGAAAUGAUCCAGUGAUUGUCAGGGUGGUGUGAUGACACCAAGUUACUUUAUUUCUGAAAAGUUAAUAAUAAGCAGGGUGAAACACUGAACUGUGUCCCCACUGUUAGGACAUAUGUGCUGUUAAGGUCCGUGUAUCAAGAGAAUGGAAACUUUGUUUCAGCAGCUGACCCAUGGAAACGCUCUAUUCCUCAUCCUUGUUUUGGGAUUAGGAGGAAGCUUUCAGGUCGGCUUCCAUAUCACUGGACUGAGUUCUCCUUCGCCGUACAUCCAGCGCUUCAUCAACAACAGCUGGUAUGACAGAUACGGAGAGCCUCCACAUCCGCAGACGGUCACAAUGAUCUGGUCUCUUAUUGUUUCCAUGUUUGCUGUCGGGGGACUCUUCGGUGCCAUCAGUGUCAAAUUUAUCUCAGACUUGCUGGGAAGGAAAAAGGCAAUGAGCUGCAACAGCUUCAUUGCUGUUCUUGCAGCAGGAUUCAUGCUGGCAAGUAAAAAUGUCAACUCUUUCGAAAUGAUCAUUGUGGCAAGAUUUCUGUUUGGUUACUCAGCAGGCUUGGGAAUGAACACUCACUUAAUAUAUCUUGGGGAGAUUUCACCCAGAAAGAUAAGAGGGAUAGUGACUCUGACCUUAGCCACUUUUUUGUCACUCGGGAAAGUGUCUGGGCGGGCGUUUGGGUUAAGCGAGAUCCUUGGCCGCGAGGACACGUGGGACAUUCUCCUUAGUGUCGCUGCACUUUUCUCCUUUGUUCAGAUUGUGAUGUUGCCUUUUUUUCCUGAGACGCCAAGAUAUUUACUCAUAGAGAAAGGUGAUGAUAAGGCAUGCAAAAAAGCUCUCCAGAGUCUGUGGGGCCAAGGUGACUACCAACAAGAAAUGGAUGAGAUGUUGACUGAGCAGGCUGCCAUUGAAGCAGCCCCACCAGUGAGUCUUCUGCAGCUGCUGAGAGACAGGACUGUCCGAUGGCAGGUCAUCACCAUCUCCACCAUCUACUGUUGCAACCAGCUGUCGGGCAUGUCUACAAUUAGUACCUUUACUUAUGACAUCUUCCUGGAGGCAGGUAUACCAAAGAAGAAGAUCCGCUAUAUCACUCUCGGUCUUGGAGUGGCUGAAAUUCUCACCUCGCUCACCUGUGGUCUUCUCAUUGACCUCACAGGGAGAAGACCAUUGCUGUUCGGCGGUUACGGUGUCAUGUCUGCUUGCUGGAUUUUUGUCACUGUCACACUCAACCUGAAG